ACGGUAUAUGAAGAAUCGAAGAACGACGUGUGUACGUACUCAAGAGACAGGCUGAGCAAAGUCACGAUGUUCAACAGACAGGUUUUGGGACUGCUCUGCUUACUGUGCUGGAUGGCAGGCACACUUGCACAGUCUUGUGAUUGUGCUGAUCAGGCAUUUAAAACUGAGUGUGAUAAAGCUACAGAUUGAUUCCGGUGUGCAAGUACAUAGUUUGCAUGCUUGAACUUGAUGUUUUCCCCUACAUAAUGCAAGUGGAGGAGCGAGGUGUUGCUUCUGACGUCGAUCUGCGUUGUCCUCCUGGAGAGACUCUAACUCAGAGAAAGUUAGCUACGGAUGUGAGCGCAGCUACGGAUAUGAGCGCAACUUUCAUAACGUUUAACACUGGUGACAGCAGUAAAUAUACGGUCAGUGGUAAUACACUCCGAAUCAUCAACUUGCAGCCUCAAGAUGAAGGGCUGUACCGAUGUACUGGACCAGAGGCGAUGACAUUCUGUGUGCUAGUGAUAAAUCCUGUUGAAUUCGAGUCGUGUAUGGUGACAGAAGAGGGCUCAUCUUGUGUUGAAACGGUUGAAGUAUUCAGAGGUGACCCGGUGACGUUCAAUACUAGACUCAGGUUUGACUCGACCAGUGUGUGCAAAUGUAAACAGGAAAUUGCUAGAUUUAAUUUCGUCAAUGCUUUUAAUAACUUGAAUCUUCAACGGUGGUAUAGUUGUGAUCAAAACAGGACUUGUCGUAAUAUAUCUGGAGAAUUUAUACGAAUUGGAAAUCCUUUUAAUUUUACUCUUACAAUACCACCACUGUGUAUGGAAGUCAACGAGAGUAAAUUUGAACUCGUUGUGGCUGGAAUUGUGCCGAUGAGCCCUAGUAGCACAAAUUUAUACAACAAAGAUUUUACUGUGCUCAUCUCGGACCCACCUGACACAGACACAGACCCCACGUCCUCUACUACUGAGCUAUCAACAGUAAACACACCCGCUGAGCCUAGUACAAUUACCGCACUUGUGGUUGGGGUGGUGACAUCAGCUGUUUGUCUACUAGCACUACUAGUCAUGAUUGGAAGUGUAUUUGUUUAUUGCCAGUACGGAAGAAGAAAACAUAAUACCACCGGUAUCAAAAGUCCAUUCAAAAACAAAAACGACGAUUCGAUUUAUGCAGAGAUUGAUGACAGGAGAGGGUCGAAAAAUUUCUCAAGUUUUAAAGGACAAGCUGCUCCUCAUGAACUGUCAACAACUCUUGAAUCUGUGUCUAUUGCUGCGUAGUGCAUAAAAUCAAUAUUUUUAUCCUGUUGUGUUGCAUGCAUUUGCAUGCGCUUUGUGCUGCUUAGAUUUUUCUGUGAGCAAUAAGGCAAUUAAUAUAAUACCAUAA